UCUGGGGCGGGGCGCGAGUUUGACUGCCAUGGUUUGACUGCGUACAUCACAACAGAAGAGCUGAAGACUAAUGACUGGGUUUAGUUUAAUGCUAUUAAAUUCAUUUUUUGUGUAGUCUUUUUUCAUGCCAUUACUGGCUAUCCAAGUCCGUGUCGUAGCUAUUUGAGUUCAAUACAUUACAUCGUUUCUCAAGCAAUUUUGUUUGUUUUUGUUACGUUUGCUUGUGUUGAAUGCUAAUAGUAGCUAGCUAAGUGUGUUAGAACCGUUAUAACGCUAACGUUAGCCUCUGCAUCAACGUGAGAAGUCUGACAGGAUGGCCUCAUCGGAGACAGACAGUGGGUGUCCCGGUGUUGAAGAAGGAGAGUCUUUUGUAAAACUGUGCGUGUUGGAGGGCUUCAGUGAGAGCAGCGAGACCAAAGCUCUCAUAGCCAGCCUGCCUGAGGUCCACGGGGACAUGGUGACAAGCGAGCGCGCCACAGAGAAGUUCUUAGUGACAAUGGACAGAUACCAAGAGCAGCCUCAUCUCCUGGACCCUCACUUGGAAUGGAUGGUUAACAUGAUACUGGAGUUUGUGAGGAGUGAUACGUCCCCGCCUCCGUUAGUUCAUUUGAGUUUCAAGUUUCUCUACAUCAUCUGUAAGGUCAGAGGCUAUAAAAUCUUCAUGCAGCUUUUGCCCCAUGAAGUGGCAGAUGUCCAUCCAGUACUGGACCUGCUGUCCAGGCAGGAUCCCAAAGACACUGAGACUUGGGAAACUCGCUACAUGUUGUUGUUGUGGCUUUCCAUGACCUGCCUCAUACCCUUUGACCUUUGUCGUCUGGAUGGUCACCUGGAUUCAGACGGCGGCAAGGCCAAAGAGUCCACCAUGGACCGUAUUCUAACUAUUGCAAAGUCCUAUCUCCUGGUCUCUGACAGCUCCAGAGAUGCAGCGUGUGUACUAGUAUCAAAGUUCAUGACACGCCCUGAUGUCAAAAUGAAGCGCCUUGGAGACUUUUUGGACUAUAGCUUGACCACCAUAACCCAAACGAAUGACCUGUCACCGUUAGACAUUGGGAUGCUGGAUGGUGCCCUGCAGUCUCUGGGGAAGCUUUUCAAACAUGGAAAAAGAGAUGACCUCCUGCAGUAUGCUCCUACGAUAAUGCAGUGUCUGGAGAAGAAACAUCUUUCGGAGAGCAGCCAGGCCAAGCUGCGGAAGCAGGGCGUCAAACUCACCCAGAGGCUCGGCCUCACCUUCCUGAAGCCACGUCUGGCUGCUUGGAGGUACCAGAGAGGCAACCGCUCCCUCGCAGCAAACCUGUCCGCCUCCCAAUCUGCCACUGCUGCCACUCCUGAAGUGGAGAUACAAGAACUGGAGGAAGACUAUGAUAUUCCUGAGGAAGUGGAGACGGUUAUUGAGUAUCUGCUGGUGGGACUGAAAGAUAAGGAAACAAUUGUGCGCUGGUCGGCAGCAAAGGGAAUUGGGAGGGUGACUGGGAGGCUUCCCAAGGAGCUGGCAGAUGAGGUGGUUGGAUCAGUGCUGGACUGCUUCAGUUUCCAGGAAACGGACAAUGCUUGGCAUGGAGGCUGCCUGGCACUGGCAGAGCUCGGCAGGAGAGGCCUGCUGCUGCCUUCCAGGCUUACUGAUGUUGUGCCACUCAUUGUCAAAUCCUUGACCUACGAGGAAAAGCGAGGAGCGUGCAGCGUGGGUUCCAAUGUGCGAGACGCUGCCUGCUACGUGUGCUGGUCCUUCGCCCGGGCUUAUGAACCCAAGGAGCUCGAGCCUUAUGUGACUCAGAUUUCCAGCGCUCUGCUGAUCACUGCUGUGUUCGACCGGAAUGUCAACUGCCGCAGAGCUGCCUCUGCUGCCUUCCAGGAGAAUGUCGGCAGACAGGGGACGUUUCCUCAUGGUAUUGACAUCUUGACUGCAGCAGACUACUUUGCUGUUGGGAGUAUCAGCAACUGCUAUCUAAACAUCACUGUCUUCAUAGCCAGUUUCCCGGAGUACACAGAGGCCAUGAUAGAUCAUUUGAUAGCCAUGAAGAUCAACCACUGGGAUAGUGUGAUCCGAGAGCUCGCCACUAAAGCGCUCCACAACCUGACGCCUCAGGCCGCCGAUUAUAUGGCAACAACAGUUUUGCCGAAGCUGUUGCCCAUGGCAGUGGGGAUUGACCUUCAUGGUCGCCAUGGAGCCAUCCUGGCCUGUGCAGAGAUUACACACGCUCUCUACAAACUGGGCCUUCAGACCAACAGGGAUGUGGUGGACAUGAUUUCUUCAGAAUGUGUUGACGCUUUAAAAAACAUCCACCAGAAGCUGAAUGACAGAAAGCAGUACAGGGGUUUUGGUGGAGAGCUAAUGAGGCCAGCAGUGUGCUUUCUUAUUGAAAAGCUGUCCCUCUCCAAAAUGCCUUUUAAGAACGACCCUGUGAUCACUGGCUGGCAGUGGCUGAUUGACGACACCAUAAAGACCCUCCAUCCUGGUGUGAAGGAUAGCACUGUGGGUUCCUUGGUAUCGGCCUUGUCCGCCCUGUGUGAUGAGUUCUACCAGGCCGAGCCGGGCCAAGCGGACUUACAAAUUCAGGAUGUCCUGGUGUCUCAGUACAUCGAGGGGCUGAAGAGUCCGCAGAUGCUCAUUUGCUGCGGAUCGGCCCUCGCCCUCGGCUGUCUGCCAAGAUUUAUGAUCCAUGGCAAAGUGAAGCAGAUCCUUGAAGGCCUGCUGCAGAUGUGCACAGUCAGCCAGAAUGAGGAGAAAUAUACAGAGGCACGGAGAGAUGCAGUCAAAGCAAUAUCUCAAGUGUGUCUGAAGGUGGGUGUUUGUGCCCACGGCUCCCCUGACUCUGCCCUGUGCUCGGAGAAUGUUGCAGAGGUGUAUGGCGUUCUGCUCCACUGCAUGACUGACUACACGAGAGACAGCAGAGGGGACGUAGGUGCUUGGGUGAGAGAGGCAGCGAUGACGAGUAUCAUGGAUGUGACCUUGCUGGUGGCCGUCAGCGCUCCAGAGAUCCUCCUCCCAGACCUGGUGAAGAGAAUGAUGUGCCGCCUGGCCCAGCAGGCGGCCGAGAAGAUCGACCGCUACAGAGCCCACGCUGGAAACGUCUUCCUGUGCCUCCUCCACAGCAAAGAGCCUGCAGUGCCUCACAUCCCCCACCAGGAGGAGCUGCUGCGCAUCUUUCCUUUUGAGACUACAACCAGUCUGAACUGGAGUGCUCCAUCCCAGGCCUUCCAGUAUAUCACCCAGCUGCUGCGACUGCCCCAGUAUCAGUACCACACCCUGCUGGGCCUCACCGUGUCAGUGGGAGGAAUCACCGAGUCCACAGUGCAUUUUUCCUCCCAGUCGUUGUUUGAAUAUCUGCGAGGGAUCCAGGAGAACAAUGCUGCCUUGACACAGUUUGGAGACACGCUGCUGAGCAUCUUCAGAGACAAUCUCCGCAAUGACAUGGUGUCUAUUCCUUUCCUUGGGAUGCUCAAUCAGAUGCUUGCUAACAGCUGCUUUGAAAUCUUCGCCACUCAAGAGAAUCAUCAGUUCUGUGUCGACAUUUUGGAUCUUUGCAAAGAAUUCAAGAAGUCCAAAGUUAUCGCCAAGUUGCGCGUUUCUAUAUCUGUCUUCUGUGGUUUGAUCCAGUUCCAAGGGGAGGUGAGGAAGAGAGUUCUGGCCCAGCUGCUGAUGCUGCUCUGCCACCCCUUCCCCGUGAUCAGAAAGACGACGGCCGGCCAGAUGUACGAGAUGCUGCUGACCUACGAUGAUGUCAUAGAUCCAGAAGUGUUGGAUGAUGUCCUGACUCUGCUCAGCGAUGCUAACUGGGAGAGCGACCUUGAAACAGUACGAACCCACAGGAAUCAGCUCUGUGAUUGGCUGAAAGUCUCCCAGCCAAGGAAGAUUACCAAGAACCCUGUCCCCAGCUGAGCGUCAUGUAGGAGGACACCGUGCUGUAAGAACUAAUAAAGGCUCUGCUCUUCUGAAGCUGCAAUGCAUGUAACAAAUCACAGUCUUUAGUUGUACAUGACAAUAAAUGGACGAAAAACAUCAA